AUGCUUUUUAGUUUUGGCUACAGGAGUUUAGCUCUUUAUACUUGCCUCAUUUACUUUUCAUAUGCUAAAUCCUAUGUUCUCUAUCCAAUGAACAGAUUGUCAAUGUUCCAACAACUGUUGGCCUCCUGUCAAGGCAUCAUGGCGAAUGGUGGCAGUAGAUCUAUCUCUUCUCUUUCCUUUCGCACUGUAGCAGCCUCUAACAAUGCUUCAGAUUCCGAAGCUGUUGUCGAGGUUGGAGAAGAGCCUACAGAGGAUGGACUUACUGAGUCUUCGUCGACGAUUGUAGGAGACGCCACGGAGUCAGCAAUACCCGUCACCGCUCACGUGGUCAAUGGUGCCACAAAUUCAACCUCGUCCACUGAGUCGUCAAGUUAG